GUGGUAGACUUAUACCAGCUAAUAUUAGUAGUUUCAAGUUUGUAGCUACAUCUGCCUAUAUAGACAAUAUAAGAGUAUUAGACAAUUACAAUAGUCAAUAGUCAGCAGUUACAAAAGUAAGUUGCUGUUAUAGACUAUAGUAGUUUGUUUUCGCUGCGGCUGUUGACUGUUGUGCACUGUGCAGUCGUCACUCGUCAGUUGUAGUGUCGUUUAAGAUAAUAUGUGCAUGACGCAUGUGUGAUGUGUCAUUACUUAUAUAUAUGUGGAGCGGAGCGACGUGUGUGUCUCCUUUGAAAAAAAAUUAGUCCGUACCUAUUAUUCAUUUUUUUUUUUUUGCUUCCCCUCCCUGCGACCUUGUACGCGCGUAUUAUGUUGAUUGUGUACUGUCGAUGGUUAUUCAUUUCGUCGUAAAUUAUUCCUGACAAAGACGUUUGUUUGACCGUCGUAAAAAGAAUACAUAUAAAUAAUAAAAUCAAAAUUUUUAUCAGUCGUAUUUUUGCCGAUUCGGGAAAUAUAAUAAUUAUUACUAAGUACUAACUCUUCUUUGUUCCUUGAAUGUAUUGACUGUUGAGUCUUGAGUGUUCAGUCACGCGCGUGCUCUAUUGCUAUCAAAUGUAUUAAAUUUACUGCAUCAUUGUCUGGAAAAUAUUGUCAUGGAUUUCAAAUACCUGUUGGUGUGUGCGGUGUUAUUGAUUCCGACUAGCAGUGGUGUGUCGUUUGAUGAAGUUGAUGAUGUCUUCGAGUUGACUACCAAAGUGUUUGAUUUCGUCAGCAAGUCAUGGGAGGUUGCUGAUAAGGUGGAAGAACGUUUGGGCAGUGAAAAUACUCCACUCGUUUGGUUCACAAAAAAAAAAGAACGUAAGAUUUUAUCUUACUUUGGACAUAUCACUCACCUCGUGCAAAUGACCCAAAAGGAAACAAACGACAUCAGGACUAUGAUGUUGGUUAGUCUUAAAAGGUUGCAAUCUAUGUCUGAUGCUGUUUUGAACGGAAUGCAAAUUAAUGAACUUUUGGAGUCUGUUAGAUCAAUCGAAAAUGAUUUUAGUACUAUGGAAGAGUAUAAAUAUGAAGAAAAAGAUAAGAACAAAAAAAAUGUAAAUCCUGCAUAUACAUCUUAUACAUUAGAGAAAUUUGCUGAUGCAAUGUUGACAUAUUCUGCUGGAUCUCCUCAUAAGCAGUUGGCAAAAAUUCACUCUUUCAUUGUUCCGGAAUGGGAAGGAUUCAAAUUUCAUACACAUGGCGGUAUUUUCAAUAUUUUAAGACACACUAUGGAAAAUAGUGAUACACUUUGUGAUCAAAAGCAAUCACUACAACAGCUGAUUUUUAAUUUGUACACAACAUUGCAUCUUACUCAGUUAAAAGGAUAUUCUGUUAUGCAAUAUUCAUGGAUGUUAUUGCAAACGUAUGGAAAAGGAAAUUUUACAUUCGAAAGAACAAAACAAACAGAACAUUUUGAGAAAAAAAUCAUUGAACAACUCGACGCUUUAAAAUCUUCAAUUAUUUCUGCUAGUAAUGUAUACUGGAGAUGUGAUCCGGCAAAACAUAUAAAGGAUACAACUUAUUUAGAAGUCACACAAUUGUUACAGGGUUACAUAGAAAAUGAAGCUGAUAUGAACAGAGAACAGAGCUGCUUGAAAGAUUGUUCAUACUAUGAAGUUGCAGAACAUAAAUCAUGUUUUAGAGAUCAAUUUUGUGCCAAACAGCGUGUUUGUAAUGGACGUAUAUUAAAUUGUCAGUAUUUUGAUUCAGACAUGAGAAUUUGUCAAUCUAAAUUUGGAAGCAGUAGGCGAUAUGAUUACAUUUCAUAUGAAAGAGGUAAAGUCUUAGGUGAUUCAUCAGUUGAAUGUAAAGGUACAACAAGUGCGGUAGACAGCUGGUGGACAUUUUUGGUUUGGCAUUGUUCUUACUGUUUUUGCAUUUGCGAUUCAAAUGAUUCUGCUUCUGAUAGAUACUUCAGUUUAAGACCUUCAGUGUCUAAUGUUAAUGAAAAUAUGGUUAUAACCGGUGUAAGGUUUACUAAAGUUAAACAAAUGUUCCAUUUACAAGCACAAGAAGGUGAACUUGGCCCUCGAGGAGCAAUAAUUGAAUCUUCCAGACGAUGGAUUGAAGUACCUGGUUCUGAGUUUUCAUAUAGGAAUAAAACAUUAAAAGAUGGUGUCGACUAUCAUACAUUAACAUAUGAAGCACGCAUUAUGGAUAUUGAUAAUGUAAUUGCUCCUGAAAAUACGGUUGUGACAGGAUUAAAAUUUAGAAAGAUUGGAUCUCACCUUAAUAUUGAAGUCCGCAUUACUCCGUUCGAUUUUAUGACUGGUGAACUUAUUGAACCCGAGUUAAAAAGUUAUUGGAUCGGAAAUGAAAACACUGAAUUGUCCAUAAAUCCAAGGACUGAAAUUGACAUAAAUAAUUCAGAUUUGCAAACCAAAUCAAGUACUGCAUCUGAACCAGAUAUGUCUUCAAAUAAAUUCCUCAAGUUUACACAUUCAUCUAUUGACCGUGAUGUUGCACAAACAACAUUACCUUUUAUUGACAUGCAGACAGUAGCACCAUUUCCAGGAGUGCCAUUUUCUGGAAUAGGAAUUUACUAUAAAGGAACAAAAGGUUUUGGUGGAUUCAUUGGUGCUAAUAUUUUUACUUACAAUUUAAGUAAUAACAUAAGUCCCAGUUUAUACCAAAUACAUGCAGUUUAAAAGUUGUAUUUAUUUCAAUCUGUAUUCUGUAAUAUUAAGAACCUAUAUAAACUAAUAACAUUAAUGAAUCUCAAUUUGUAUAAUAAUAAAGUACUAU